CUUUAUGGCCCGCCACUGAUGUUUGGUGGCCGGGGCCGGCCGGCUAUUUUGGAGGAAAAUGUCGGCAGAAGCAGAUGGCUACAAGCUGUUUGUGGGAAAUUUACCGACAGAUUGCACUUCAGAGGAGUUGCGUGCCGUUUUUUCAACUUAUGGAGUUGUGACACAUGUGCAUGUAAUGAAUCCUCAUCCUCGAACAGGGCAGAGGUGUGCUUUUGUCUUUUACGCGACGAGAUCGGCCGGGGAGGAUGCAUGUGAAGUCUUAGACAAUCAAUACAAAAUUCGUAGCGAUGCCUCUCAGCCCAUUGUGGUUAGAUGGUCCAAGGAUAGCACGCAAGAGAAACCCCGUGAAAAGGUCUCUCAGGGCCAGGAGAGAGCCGCUGAGGAUGGCUACAAGCUCUUUGUGGGAAGCCUCCCACCAGAUUGCACUUCAGAGGAGUUGCGUGCCGUUUUUUCAACUUAUGGAGUUGUGACACAUGUGCAUGUAAUGAAUCCUCAUCCUCGAUCAGGGCAGAGGUGUGCUUUUGUCUUUUACACGACCAAAUCGGCCGGAGACGAUGCAUGCAAAGUCCUCGACAAUCAGUACAAGAUUCGUAGUGACGCGUCUCAGCCCAUUGUGGUUAGAUGGUCCAAGGAGCCAACAAAGGAGUUUAGACCGAAAGAGAGUUUCGCGCCUGCGGGGCAUUGGGAGAAGGGCUCACAGGAGAAGGGUUCCUGGGGCAAAGGCUGGGAAGAUGAUGGCUGGGGCUGGGAAUGGAUAGGCCAAAGCAGCAAGGGCAGCAAAGGCAGCUGGCAAGGUGAUGGUUGGUCAAAGGGUUGGAGCUUUCGGGAAGAUGGAAAAGGGAAAGCUGCAAAGGGCCCGCCUCCUUCUUAUGGCAAAGGCUGGAACAAAGGCUACGAUGGCUACGAAGAUGUUGGUUGGAGCUGGGACUGGGACAAUGGAAAAGGAAAGGGCAGCAAAGGCAGCUGGCAAGGUGAUGGUUGGUCAAAGGGUUGGAGCUUUCGGGAAGAUGGAAAAGGGAAAGCUGCAAAGGGCCCGCCUCCUUCUUAUGGCAAAGGCUGGAACAAAGGCUACGACGACUACGAAGAUGUUGGUGGAAGACUGAGAGAGUCAGAACUGUGGGAUUGCAGAGAAAGCCACGUCUUUGCCUCAUCAUAA